UGCCCCCAGUGCCUCAACCUGGCCUUCCUGCUGUCAGAUGUGAUGCUGAGCUUCCUGCCUAGCAUGUACCUUGUCUUCCUGGUCGUUCUGUACGAGGGGCUCCUGGGAGGUGCAGCCUACGUGAACACCUUCCACAACAUCGCCCUGGAGACCAGCGAUGAGCACCGAGAGUUCGCCAUGGCAGCCGCCUGCAUCUCUGACACCGUGGGCAUCUCCCUGUCGGGUGCUGUGGCCUUGCCUCUGCACGACUUUCUCUGCCACCUCUCCUGACUCCGGCACACUGACCUUCGGAUGAGUUCUGCCUGGGCCUUCCCUGCCAGGCGGAGGUGGGAAGUCGGGACCUCUCACUGCCCAGCUGGUCCUGGGGAGUUUCCUCUUGGCGUUUUCCCCUCAAUAAAUAUUUUCAU